GGAGAAAGCCGCGAGGCCGAGGCCGCUCUGGCGCGGGAGCGAGCGAGUGCAGAGGCAUCGGUUGCCCUGGCAUAUGGUAGCGCGGGCGCGCGCUCAGGGAAAGGCAGGGAAGGUGGGAAGAGCGCGCCCCCCUUUCUACCCCCCCCCCACGCCCGCCCGCCAACCGGUAGCCCCGCCGCCAGAGGUGGAGGGCCUGGUUGCCAAGGGGAACGGGGAAGCAUCCCUCCUCCCCCGGCACCAGCAGCGUGGGAGCUGGACGUGGCUACAGGGUGAAUAUGCUGGUUCCUCCUUCAUUCACAAAGUCUACAUCCAUGGAUACAGACUUUCCCAAUAAAGCUUCUUGUGACAGAAGAAUGUGCUUCUACUGGAUUACAUGCUCUACAUGCUAUAAAGUUAAUAUUGUGCCCGGUGACCCUUUUCAGGCUCACUAGCCAUGCCAGGCAUUGUGGUGUUCCGUCGUCGCUGGUCUGUGGGAAGUGAUGAUCUUGUUUUGCCUGCCAUUUUUCUCUUUCUUCUUCAUACAACUUGGUUCAUCAUCCUUUCUGUGGUGCUCUUUGGACUGGCAUACAAUCCCAAUGAGACCUGCUCUCUCAAUCUGGUGGACCAUGGCAGAGGUUAUCUGGGUAUUUUGCUCAGCUGCAUGAUCGCUGAAGUUGCAAUCAUCUGGCUCAGCAUGCGUGGAAGCAUCUUGUACACAGAACCUCGGGAUUCCAUGCAAUAUGUGCUAUACGUCAGACUGGCAAUCUUGGUGAUUGAAUUUGUCUACGCUAUUGUGGGCAUUGUUUGGUUAACCCAGUACUACAGUUCCUGCAAUGAUGUUACUGCCAAGAGUGUUACUUUGGGAAUGGUCGUCUGCAACUGGGUGGUCAUUUUGAGUGUCUGCAUCACUGUCCUCUGCGUAUUUGACCCAACAGGACGGACUUUUGUUAAAUUGCGAGCCACAAAGAGGAGACAACGUAAUCUAAGAACAUAUAACCUGAGGCAUCGCUUGGAAGAAGGCCAGGCUAGCAGCUGGACUCGCCGUCUAAAAGUUUUUCUCUGCUGUACACGAACAAAAGAUUCACAAUCAGAUGCUUACUCUGAAAUUGCAUAUCUCUUUGCUGAAUUUUUCCGAGAUCUUGACAUAGUCCCAUCUGAUAUUAUAGCAGGCCUCGUUCUACUACGUCAACGACAAAGGGCAAAACGUAGUGCAGUGUUGGAUGAAGCAAACAAUGAUAUACUAGCUUUCUUGUCGGGAAUGCCAGUUACCAGGAACACAAAAUAUUUGGACCUGAAAAACUCACAAGAAAUGCUGCGAUAUAAAGAAGUAUGCUACUAUAUGCUCUUUGCUUUGGCUGCUUAUGGCUGGCCCAUGUAUUUGAUGAGGAAGCCUACCUGUGGACUCUGUCGCUUGGCCAGAUCCUGCUCUUGCUGUUGCCUCUGCACUACUCGGCCCCGUUAUGUACCUGGUGUCACCAUUGAGGAAGAUAACUGCUGUGGCUGCAAUGCUAUUGCAAUUCGACGCCAUUUCCUUGAUGAAAACAUGACUUCUGUGGACAUUGUGUACACUUCAUGUCAUGAUGCGGUUUAUGAAACCCCCUUCUACGUGGCUGUAGAUCAUGAAAAGAAGAAAGUAGUCAUUAGCAUUCGAGGAACUUUAUCACCAAAGGAUGCUUUGACUGAUUUGACUGGAGAUGCUGAGCGCCUCCCUGUGGAGGGACAUCACGGAACAUGGCUUGGACACAAGGGGAUGGUGCUAUCUGCUGAGUAUAUAAAAAAGAAACUGGAGCAGGAGAUGGUGUUGUCUCAGGCUUUUGGGCGUGAUUUAGGCAGAGGAACAAAACAUUAUGGCCUAAUUGUAGUUGGCCAUUCCUUAGGAGCGGGCACAGCAGCCAUUUUGUCCUUUCUACUACGUCCACAGUAUCCAUCUCUAAAGUGCUUUGCUUAUUCUCCACCAGGUGGGCUUUUAAGCGAGGAUGCUAUGGAGUACUCCAAAGAAUUUGUGACGGCAGUUGUGCUAGGCAAAGACCUUGUUCCCAGGAUUGGCCUCUCACAAUUGGAAGGAUUUCGCCGGCAACUUCUUGAUGUUUUGCAGAGAAGUAAUAAACCAAAGUGGAGAAUCAUAGUUGGUGCAACCAAAUGCAUACCCAAGUCUGAGCUCCCGGAAGAGCCUGAAGGGAACUCAGUAACCAGUAACCGCCUCUGGACUCAUCCUAGUGACUUAACAAUUGCCCUAUCAGCCAGCACACCUCUCUAUCCUCCUGGGCACAUCAUCCAUGUGGUUCAUAAUCAUCCUGUUGAACAUUGCUGCUGCUGUGAUCAGGAAGAACCUACAUACUUUGCCAUUUGGGGAGACAACAAGGCAUUUAAUGAAGUGAUAAUUUCUCCAGCAAUGCUACAUGAACAUCUGCCAUAUGUAGUAAUGGAGGGUCUUAACAAGGUCCUGGAAAAUUACAACAAGGGCAAAACAGCUUUGCUUUCUGCAGCCAAAGUGAUGGUGAGUCCUACAGAAGUGGACCUCAACCCGGAAUUAAUCUUCCUGAGUCAACCCCUGCCUAGUAGACCUUCUAUACAGAUUGGAAUUGGAGACAUAACAGUGGACAGAAGGAACAGCAGUACUAAGAAUAAGGCUCACUCUGAAAUCAGUUUGGAAGGGUUUUAUGAAACCAAGCUGCUGUCACCAGUGCAGAAGGAUCCUGUGGAGAUCCUGCUACUAGAUACUAAGGAACGCCUGUCUGUAGAACUGCAGGACCGGCGUGCUCCUCUUGCUACAAUGGAGAGCCUAUCUGAUAAUGAAUCCAUCUAUAGCUUUGAUUCAAGGCGUUCCUCUGGUUUCCGUAGCAUCCGUGGCUCACCAAGUCUCCAUGCAGUCAUGGAAAAAGAUGAAACUCAUUGUUUUUAUAUUGAUCCAGCAAUUCCUGAGGAGAACCCCUCUCUUAGCUCACGGACAGAACUGCUUGCUGCUGACAGCCUCUCCAAACACUCCCAGGAGACUCAACCUCCUGAGGGCCUGCAGAACAGUGGAGACACCACUCCUCAGCGGCGAUGCAGCGAUGAAGGUGCUGGUAGUGAUAUCGAUCAUAUCUCCUUUACUCCAGAAGAAAUGACUCUCCAAAAUGGGAGGCUAAGUGAUGCCCCCAGCCCACAAGUGUUGGAGUUUGCAGAGUUUAUAGAUAGUCUCUUUAACCUGGACAGCAAAAGCAGUUCCUUUCAGGACAUUUACUGCAUGAUGGUAUCGGACAGCACCAGUGACUUUGCGGAGAUUCCCAAGUCAGUCAGUGACCAGGAGAUCUUGCUAAGAGCACAGUAUGAACCCAACUUAGUUCCAAAGCCCCCCAGGUUAUUUGCAGGCUCAACAGAUCCUUCCUCAGGCAUAUCUGUUUCCCCUUCUUUCCCUCUGAGUUCUUCUGGAGAGCUUAUGGACCUCACUCCUACAGGCAUGAGUAGCCAGGAAUGCCUCACCACUAACAAAAUCCGGACUUCCACUCCCACUGGAAAUAUGUCCAGUCCUGCCAAACAAGAAGACCUUGUGAUCUCAGCCCUCUAAUAUAGGAGAGAAGGUGCAGAAUACCUAAUCCUAUAAUAGUGAAUCUUGGCACAGCACUUGGAGGAGCUGGUCUCUUGGCAAGUGAGAAUGGGUGACAAUGCAUGGGGAAGUAUAGUUUCCUUUCCUGGGUGCUACACUAAUGGCACUACAAAGGAUUUCAGCAUGAAGGAUGCCACAUCAUGGGUCAUGUUCUUUAGUUAGGGAGAAAAUCACUGCCUAAUGCAGCUUGCUGCUUUUCAGGGUCUCGUUCACUGAAGUUAGAUGAUUGGUUUCCCUACCUCAGCAUAUUUCUUUAACAAGAAGGCAGACUCAUUGCCUUUCCUGCUGAAAUCGUACUGUCCAUGGGCUAGAUGAUUAGAGUAACUGAGAUCUGAUAAUGCUCAAUUGUCAUGUCAAAAUCAAGGAAAUUGUGACAUUGGGCUUUAUUGCACUAGUGUGUCAUGUUUGAUCCAAGUACCUGUUUAUUGUUGUCAUCAUUAUUUUUUUAUGACAUGCUCUCCUGUUUUAUAGCCAUUGACUGUGUUCCAGAGGAAUGCAGCCUCCCGCUCUAAAUCCUAACUGGGUGCAGUGAGAAUUGGGAUGGGGCAACCUGUGCUCCUCCGAUUAGCUCUGUGUUCAGUGAUAUCUGCUCUUCUUCUAAGAAGAAAGAAAAUAUGUGUGUUGGAGAGUUGAAGGCCAUUUCCAUCUUUCAUCACCCACUGGAGGGGUGAACAGUCUCUUGGGUCUCACAUUGUUGCACAGCUCCCCAAACCACUAUGAAAUAGAGACAAUCUUGCUCUCUAGUAUAAUUGUCAUCUUUAUUUGCAUGGAUUGGUUGGUCUAAACUAGCUUUUGUUCUUCAAGAAGCUUGCCUAUGCCCUGCAUUAUUCCCCAAGUCCUUGAGUAUGGAACUAUUUUGUUCCCAUUUAUAAUUGCAGUAUAAUAUGGUCUGUCUCUGAAUUCAGGAAAAAGGGGGACUUUUACUGCACAUUGAAAUCUCAUGUAUGUUUACAGACUACUAAACACUGGGGAAGUAAUUGGGAAAUGUCUACUUUUGUGGGGAAAAUGUGCUUUCUGCCCUUUCAAUUUCUCUAUUGGCAUGGGGCCCAACUCAGCCAUGGAAAAAGUAAGAAGAAUUGCUGUUACUUAUCCUUACUAGAAAGUAAGUCUUACUAGAAAGUGAGACUGGAAUGUUGCAUUAACCCUCUGUGUAUGCAUCUUACACCCAACUGAAUAUUAUGGGCUUAAGAAUAUGAGGUAACUACACAACAGCAGCUCCUGAAAUCGCAUCUCAGCUAUUAAUCCUGCAGUUUGGUGCUCACAAUUAAGUUCAUAACAACAGGGUGACACUGUGUAAAAUUGCAGGGAUUUUCCAAUGGUGAAAUUGUGGAUGAAAUAGCAUUUACGUUGAAGUUAAAUAUAUUUGAUCUACAUACAUACAAUGAUCUUGUAUUGUACUAAAACAUAACUGAAUAUGACAAUGCCACACCAAAUUCUUACCUUCAGACUAGUUCAAUAUACUGUGUCUGGGUUCUACAAAGUAUACUAGACUCAUCUCACAGAUCAUGAAGUAUGUCCUUAGUAAAUCCCUUAAAUUUGCAGCUGUAAGCCUCCGAGUAGGCUGUUAAAAUAAAGUGGUUUUGAGGAAUUUUUUAAGCUCCCAUGAAUGAUUAGUAUGCUAUGUUAUGCUUAGAAGUUGUCCAUGAAGAAGAUUGAGAAGAACUGUACACUUUGUGUACAGAUAAUGUAAUCCUGCAUAUCUACUUGUAAACAGUCUCAGUGGACUCAGUGAGACUUUUUUCACAGGUAAGUGUGCUUAGAAUUGCAGUCUUACAUCUAGGAGACUGUCUACAUUCAAGUUGUUGCCUUCUAUACUUUAACACUGCAUUUAUUUGAAAUAAAUGCAAUUUACUUGAAAUAGGUCUGCAGUAAACUCAUGUGAGUUCCAUUUGAGAAAAUGCAUUAAAUUGGGCUGCAAAAUUUGGUUAUAAAAUAGUAUACUUACAUUGCAUUAAUGUAACUGAUUUUACAAUAUGAAGGAUACUGUUGAAACUGGAGCCCUUGGGAUGUAUUUGCCCUUAAAUGAGACAGGUUAACCCUAUUUUAAAGUAAUUAUGCUUUGGAAUUAUAAAUUUCUACACUUAAAAUAAUGUUAAUUUAAUGAUUUAGGGUUAUUCCAGUUUUAUGGCUUUGCUUUCAAAUGUUCCUCUUUUUCCAAGAAUACUUGCAUCAGUCAAGAACAAUUCUGCCCAUCUUCAAGAAAAAACCCCUCUUUUGUACAUAGUUCAACACAACAGUAGUUGUUGUCACUCAUUUAGAUUACCAUAAAUAUGUGCUACCCUAGGCCUGGGCUAACAAAAUGUUCUGCACUAAAGAAAUAAUAAGUAGAACAAUAAAAAAAUAUAAAAUAAAAUAAAUAAUAAAUACGUAGAAAUAAUAUUGAGCUAUUAAAGAUAAAUUCAUAUUUUCAAACAUUCAGGUAUUCUUGUAAUGAAAACACAUAACAAAGACUUCAAUGAAAUUUGGAAAAGAAGAGAUAUUGGUAAAUUUAAGGUGCAGGUCCUUAUAAUGAAUUAGACAUUCCAGAUUGAGUGGUUUAAGGAUCUGAGAAAAACAAUCUAAACUGGGUGGUUUAAUUCAGUUGAUCACAUAAAAGCAAUGUUUUGUAAAUUGAACCAUAUUCAGUUAUUAUGUUAUGGCUAUGAUGUCUGAUUUGCAAAAUCCAGAGUUAAAUGUUUAUGUUUUUGCUAAUAUCCAAUGGUUAUCUAAUAAUAGCCCUAAUUAAUACUUAGAUAAUUCUUUAAACAUCAAAGCACUUUACAAAUUAAAUAAUCUUCCCAUGCUAGGUCAUGAGAAGAUCAGAUGGGGUGGUGGUUAUGCUUAUAAUUGAAAGAAGCGUAUAUGAUGUAUUAUUUGAGGUAAUGUUAAAAAUAUACUGAGGUUACACCACAUAAGCUUCUUACUUAAAAGAAUUGUUUUAGAUUUAGAGAGUACUGAAAACAAUCAGGUAGCUGAUGCAACUUUGCUUGAAGAAGAAUUUAAUUUGUUUUCCUGGUGGUAGAUUAAACUAUUGCACUACAAUGUCACGUCUGACCUGAAAGCGAUUUUAUUGUCAUUUCUUAGAGGUUGUUUUUUUUUUAAAGUUGUUUGAUGGUGUCCUUAAGAUUUUUCUUGCUUACUUUCUUGCCCCCAGCAGGAAUAAUUUAUCUUGAGUCCCAGUUUAUCCAUAGAAUUUGGGGGUUUUUGUUUAAAAAGGAAAAACACAUUGUGGUGACUCAUAUUCUUCAACUAAUCUUGAAUGAUUAUAGUAAAAUGGGAAUUGACUGGGAACAUUUAGUUGUGUCAGUUUACAAUAUUCCAUUUGCCUCUUAUAUUCUUACUUAUCAUAUUCUUUUAGCAUUAGUUGACUAUUCUAAUAUAAAUCUAAGUGGUAUAUAAACAUAUCCAACAGUAUUAAUAUUCGUUUCAACUGGAAAUGAUCUACAACUGGCAUAAAUUCAGUGGCCUAUUGAUUUUCAUGCCUAAAUGUGGUACUACCUCUUUCAUUCCUAGAAAAUGCUACUGUUCACAUGUAUGCUCCCUCUACCUUGCUGAAUUGGUUUUCAUCAGUUUUUCCCCCUAGGUCUGAAAAGUGCCACUGGUUAUAAUCUAUUAUUGUUCUAUAUUAAUAGUUAAUAGAUCUUGAAUGGAAAUUAUACCACUCGGAUGAAUGUUUGAAGCAGAGUUGGCCACCUGAUUUACACUAGCAAGUUGGAUUUGUGCACUUUAACAAGUAUUAAAUGCAAAUGUUCCUUAAAUAUGCUGAUGCUGCUUUGCCAAAGAUGCCCUCAUAAUCUUUCAGCUGACAUGUUAUAAAUUAGCACAGCUAGGCAAUCUGGAUCUUUUGCUCAGCAGUGUGGAUUAGGAUUAUGCCUAAUGGAUAAAGAUUAAAAAAAAAAAAGAUACAAAGUAAAUGGGGGCUCCAAACUGUCAGUUUCUGAGUGUGGCUAAAGAAUAUAUGUGACAUGUUUUAUCAAUAGGUUUUUAUUGUGUUUAAAUAUAAGUGUAUAAUAAAAAAAAUUACAAUAAAAUGUAUAUGAUUGAGUAACCAUCAUCAAGCAUAAUCAGAAACAGGUAUAUAAACUUGCAUUUUGUUUAAUUAAUUGCACAGUUUAAAAUAAUUUACUGCUGUUCAGAUGAAUUAGUGGAAGGUUGUUUCCAUUAUAAUUAACUGAAAGAGGGUGUUCUUAAAUUUUACCCAGAUUCAAUAGUGUUAAUGUUAGUUCUUCUGAACAUGUUUGUUCCAAACAUAAAUCAUAUUAUUGAAAGAUUUGUGCCAAAUGUGGAGAAUGGAAACAUUUUAUGGUAAUUCAUGUGGCUUUAAAUAUACAUUGAUCUUUCCAUAAUUUUGUUCCUUUUCAAUAAUCUGCAGUUUUCAUUUCCCUUUCUAUAAUUUUUCAAACAUGUUGAUUAUAAUUAUAUUUUAUCAACAUUCCCCCUGUAUGCUUGAUGCCAAAUACUCACUUUCUUUACCAUUGUUUCAUCUUAGUGCUGGAGUCAUCUUAUUGUUUCAAAAAACAUGUUUUCUUAGUUAUCAAGCUUUCCCACAUUUUAAAAUUCAAAACUAUCUAUAGGAGUGCUAUUGUUCCAAGUAUUCAAAUUACCAUAUUCAAAUUACACUUCUUCCAAAUAGCACAUCCUUUGUUCUUCAGAUUGCCCUGGGAAAUACAAUUACACAAGUGUUACUGAAUAAUGCCUUUGAUGAGCACAUAAUUUCUCCUUCAUGUAGUUUGAAAACCUCUGGGUCUUUUUUGUGCAAUUAAUUACCAUUUCUCCUACUAUGCAAUUGUAAGUUUGUAGUAUCAAAGAUCAGCUUUAAAAAACAUACAUCUGAGGAAUGGCUAUAUGCUACAAUCUUGCUUUGCCCUACAGUUUCAAGAAACCUGACGUAUUGUCUCUAGUUCAAAACUAGCAUUCAAAAAGACUUCUCACUUAAUAGGAAAAGUGAUGGAUGGCAGCUAAAAAGUCCAUCCUUAAUAUUUGGGGUGGGGGUUAUUACUGUGUAAUGUGUAUUGCUAAAGAUACAAUUGUACAUAAGGAUUCUUAUGAAACAAUCUUACACUUCCAUAGUCUAUCCUGCCCAGGAUUGGCUGUUCUGACCAUGUUUUUCCAGUGUCUCAGGCGGGGUUUUUUGAACUUGUAAAGAUUGAAUCAGGGAUUUUAUGGAGACAGAUUAUGUAUUCUACCAUUGAUUUAUGGCUUUAACAAUAACAAUACUAGCAAAAUAGUCCUUAAUUAAAGGUUGCUCUAUGAAGUUUUAAAUUUAAACUGAAAAAUAUUCAAAUGAUUUCACCAUAAAACAUCCAUCUAGUGUUCCAUAAAUUUUAAUUUAUUAUAUUUAAAUCAUAUUUUAUAUUCAAUCCUCAAACCUAGGGCCUAUUAAAACCUAGACACAUGUGUAACAGAAAUAUGCAGGUUUUUUACACAAUCUAUCUUGAUGUCCUUUGUUUCAGAAUUGUAAUUAUUUUUUCUAUAGCACCUAGUAUUGAUGUUGCUACAGUAAAUGACAUUGAAAUAUUGAAAUCUCUGCCAUGUGCUUGUUCUCUCAAAAUGUACAAAUUAAUAUAUCUUAUUGAGCAUAGUAUAUUCUGUUCUGAUAAAUGUUACCUUUAAACGUUAUUUGUAUACUCAGAUAAUUCAGAUUAUGUGGUCCAGAAGGCACAUUGUUAUGAAACCACCAUUCAGUUGGAAAAAUUUGCACAUGUGCAUGUGCACGCACCCCAUUAGAGACCUAGCCCCAAAUGCUUUCACAUCAAAGUGGUUGCCAAACUUUAAGAAAUUGAAAGGCAGAAGUGGAAGAAAUUAGGGUAGGAUGUGUACAUAGUUUCUGAGAUUAGAAACUUCUAGAGAAAUGAAAAUAAAGCAUUUCAUUUGAUUUCCUCUCUAAUGAGAGAAUAGACAAAAGAUCAUUUUCCAUCCAAGGCAAUAAUAGCAUUGAAUCACUGUAUCCAAAUCUGAACCCUAUUAUAAAAAUGUAGUGGUUUAAAACUGGAGGCCGACCUUGCCCACUGAGACACAACCAUACAAGGCACCUUUCUGUGUUAAAAUCUUUACCUAGCUUCCUCAAUUUUACAAUCCUUUUAACCAGGGGAUUUAAUUCCUGGGUCAGUUAGCACCUUUUAGAACAUACUGUGUAGGACAUUCAAGCACAUAGUAAGUAAUAAAUUAUUACCACAAGAUAUUUCAAAGCUAAUAUUGAACAGUAAAUAAAACAGGCAUGCUGCUAAAUUUAUCCCAGAUUAUCUCCUUAACUCAGCUAACAUUAAAAUAAUUUUUAGAUAUCUCAGUUCAGUUUCUCUAAUUUGCUUUGCUGCAGGCCACCCUGGCAUCAGAAAUUUAAUUUUAUGUUUAUGGUAAUCCGAUGUUAUAUUUAAGACACACUUCCCCUUUUUAUUGUUUGUUUUUUUUUAAACAAAUUUGUCAUCUAUUCUGGGUAUUUUACAUCAUAGACAACAAUUCUAUUAUUUUUCCUUUUUGAACUUUAUAUAAAAUUUCUUCUUCUUUCUCCUUUUCCUUCCUUCUCUCAGUUUUUUGGCCAAGUAGAAACUGAAUGACAAAGCAGUAGUUUGUUUUCUGUUUCUCACUGCUUAAAUUCUAGAAUUGGAUUGCUAACCUGACGCUAAAUUUGCUUCUUCCCUUAAAUGCUCAGCUCUAAAAUAAUAAUGAUUUUAUCAAUGCAAGAAAAACAAAAAAAAUUCUCAAUAAGCGCUUAGACUUCAGUGUAUUCAUUAUUUUUAUUUUUCUGAAUUCAUCAGCUAUGCAAACUUCCAUAUAUUUAUUUUAGAAUGUUGGUGUCUUAGUACUUAAUAUGUACCAUAAUUACUGUUUUGUUCUUUUUCUUUGGUCAUAUGCUUUUGCCUCUUUUUAAGGCCAUGUAAGGAUAGGGAACAUGUUCAAUAGUGAUAUAAAUUCUUUUAAGAAAAAUAAGAAGAAAAAUUUAUAAUAAUGUAAUAAGAAUUAAGAAUGCUAAAGCCUUGCAUCUCACAUUUUCCUAUUUAAAGCCACUUAUUUCUUCAAUUCUAGAAAAUGCACUAUUAUUUGUAGACUUUUUCACUGCUUCUAGUUAAUCCUUGCAGUUUUAUGUUAGUUUUAUUUAUUUAACUACAUUUGUAUUCUGUAGUGCUCCCCCUUUCCAUUGCUAACUUCAAAUGAUAAAGCACAUAUCUGACAAGAACAGUAGCAUUCAAACCAGUAGUAGUAGUAAUAGUAGUAGUAGUAGUAGUAGUAGUAGUAGUAGAUGAUGAUAUAAAAUAAUCUUAUAUAAAUAAGCAUUAAAUGCCAAUCCCAUGCAACAGUCUUAUUCUUAAAAAAAAAUCUGUUAUAUAAAUGCACUAGCAGGUCUUGGCUGCUAGUACAUUUAUAUUCUUUCUAUCCCCAACACUUCCAUCUUUCUGUUAAGUUGCAAAAUACAUUGCAACCAAAAUUAUGCUGCCUCUAUUUGUCAGUCUUUAUUUAUAAUUUAUUGUUUUCUUCAUCUAUGAACUUCAGGCAAGUAACCAAGCCACCCAAUAGCCCACCACUUCACAGGCAGAACACAUCAUAUGUGACAGUAACUGAAAAUACAAUCAUGAUGCCUAGAAAUGAGCUGCUUUUUAAUAGCAUUGGAUAUGUGAAAUUAAUAUUGGUUGAAUUAGUUAACUGCACCUAAAUUUGAACUGCUUGAAAACAAGAUUACCACUAGAUGAGAACAAAGAUUUACCCAGUUUCUGAAUCUUUGCUGCUAUCUAAUGAUCAUUCAAAGUUUUGCAGUCCAUUCGACCUAAUUUGAACUUUGACUGAAAUAAAUUUUGUAGAAAAGUCAGAGAAGUACUAGUCUUCUUUAUAUCUCAGAUGGUCUAGUUUUUUCAGCACCAUUAUAUACAAAUGAAAAUCUACUUAUUUUAAGCUCAUUGUGAAGUAGUCUUUAAAUUUGUAUAUUGUUGUGGCCAUUGUAAACCUUAUCUCUUAUUGGUAAGUAAUUUAAUUACCAUUAAUUAAUUUAUUGUGGCUUACAUAUUGUGUUUUCUGUGAAAAUACUUUAUUUCUGUAAAAUAACUUUUGAGGUUCCACAAAGAACAUUGAUUAAUUGGCUGUUUGGUUAAAACAGUUUCAUGGUUCUAUGAAAAUUAUUUCAUUAUGGGUAAACCCUAGCUGUUUAAAGAGGCACAUUGUGGCAAGAGCAAUGCAUGGUAAUAUUAUGCAUCAUAGAAACCUGGUUAUAUAGCUCUUUAACAUCAAAUAUAACAUGGAAAUCAUUAAUUUCCAUUUGUAUGAACAUGAAAAGUUCUUCUGCUGUGACUUCCCAUUGAAGCUUCCAGUUCACACAGAUAAAUUUAUAAAAACAUACAUAGUCUAAUGGUACAUUAUUGGAAAACUAUACAGUUGGAUUUUGUAUAUAUAAUAACAGUACAGUUGGAAUAUUCUGUUUCAAAUUCAUUGCUGAACAGAAUGUAUGUUUUCUUCAUUUUUUGAUAACACCAUCUCCAUAGAAACAAAAUUUCUGCUGUUUAUACCUUUCAGGAAGAAAAAAAGGCGUUUUUACUCACCACUUUAAAAUUUGGGAUACCCCUUUGUCAGCUGAAAUCCUUUCCUUGUAAUCUUCCUUGAUUUCAUAUGUAAUCUGCUAUUUAGUAAUACUGAAUUGCCAUAACAUGAACAUCCAGAUAUUAAAAGCUUUAGCAACGCUGACAAAAUGAAUGAUAAUUCCCUUCGCCAUUAUAUCAAAGCUGUCCAUGGAGUAGCAUGGUGGAGAUUUAGCUUGGACCAAAAAUAUAUCCUUCACCCUUUUGUAUGCCAAGGAUGAAUUUCUGGCAUACUGGGUGAAACCUCUCAAGGUCAAGAAAGAGCUCCCCUGAGAUUAAGGCACUGACAGUUGACCUGAUUCAUUUUUAUUAUUUGUAUGUGUUAUUUUUUUAUCAAGCAUUAAGAAAUAUUAUUCUAAUCUACAAAAAAGAUAGGCAGUAAUAUAUAAGGAACAGUAAUGUUUAAAAAUAAAAAAAACCUAGCAGACACAAUAGAUAAAAUAUUGAUGGUGAAGGUAUUUUUUGCUUAAUAUAAACAUUUUGGAAAAUAAGGUAGACAGAAAUGUAGACGGUGCUGAAAAUAUGGCAGUGCAGGAUCUUAGGGACUACUCCUAGAGCAUCAUCUGCUUUGUUUUUUAAAUGGGGUACUCAGAUUUAAGUCUCUGAGGAAAUUUAAACUAUUUAGGAUUUAAGAUUAUGAAAUGGACUGCCAAAGUAUUACACAAUACGAUCAUGGCCAACUCACAGGUUAAUCUGACACUGGCCUCUUUCUUUUUCUUCAAACAUUGCUCGAAUAUUCAUAUAUCUUAGGAAAGACUUCUAUGGCAAGCCUCUGAAGUUCUUCAUGAAAGAUUAUAAUAAGAAUGGGCAAGGAAUAAACUAGAAUAUAAAGAAUAAGAUAGAAUAUAAAUAGACAUAAAAUUACUGUCUUGGACCCUAGUGUCCUACUUGAUGCCAAUUUCUUCUUUAACUCUUGCCAAGUGUCAUUUUUGAUAUAUUUUGUUCUUACAUGUAUUUCUCUGCAUAAGGAAGCAACCCAGGGAGUAUGUCACAAUAAUAGUUGUGUAAUUUCAGGGGUGGGGGGGAAGCAUUGAGUUCCAUAGCUAUAAGCAGGACAGUCUUAGGUUAAAUCCAACUAUCAUUGGGGAAAUUACUACCUUGUUUAUAUGCUAUUUUCUCUAUUUCCCCCCCUUGGUCCAUACUACUAUUUUUACGUGCCUUGGAUUGCUGAUUUGACAUACUAAAACAUGGUUUUGAUUAGCUUAUAUCUGUAUACUGUCACAUUGUUUUUCUUCUAAUUUUCAGGAGAAUUGCUUUUGCAGACAUCUUCAUCCUUCAUGCCACUAUACUUGGUUAAAUACCCAAAGUGUCUUCUCCUUUCUCAGGUUUCCUCAUCAGAAGCAGGUUUUUGCCAAUACCUAGGAUAUACAACAAAAGGGUCAACUAUUGUGUUUAUCUUGUUGGCCCUUUUGAUUAUGAGGCAUACCUGAAAACAUGUAGAAAUGAGUGUGAGCCCACUCCAUCACUUUCAAAUUCUAAUCUAACUGAUUAAAAGUUUUUUAUGAAAAGAGUUCAUUCAUGUAAAACUUCAUUUGACUUCAUUUAUGUAAAAGUGGCAUCUGGCUUGAUAUUCCUUUUCAAAAUCAACUCUGCAUUUUAAAUUCUUAAGCUUUUCUUCUUAUUUGAUACCUGUGCGUUUCAAUUAUUUAUUAUCCAUAAGAAAGCUCUUAAGAUUUUAAACUUUUUUGCUGCCAAGGAUCUCAGUCCAUCUUCCAUGCCUAAAGAAAAUGUUGUUGAAUAUAUGCUAGCAGAAGUGAUUUUGGAAGAAAAGUAACAUGCAGACAGCAAACUUUCUUAUUUAUCAGAAUUCAGGACUCAUUUAAUGUGCAUGGGAGGUUAAGGGAGUCCCAGAUGUUCAGAAACUUGACUUCCUGCUAAAAUGAUUUCUGUUGGAGAGACAUGUCCCAGUCCCACGUAUCAAACUAGCAUUCAGGCUGUCUGAUUCAUAUACAAACACAUUGUCAAUCAUAUGCUGUCCCACUCCAUGCCAUUCAAAUAUACAGUACUAUCAUACAAAAGGUGGCAUUUACAACGUUGUUAUUCAUAUCAACAGAACUGUUCACUGGCAGGUAUCAGCUUACAGACAGAUACUUUACUUGAGAUUGAUGCAAUAAUAUCCAAUACUUAAUUUUCAAGCUGUUUUAAUACUUGAUUUUCAACAAUCAUUUUAAAGUAAGUAGCUGAUAUCUCAAUUCUGUCAGCUUGCUUGAUGGAACUAUUCACCAUCAAUCACAUGCUGAUGAGCAGUUCUUUUCAUGUAUUUUUCCCCAGUGCUGGGCAUGACAGGAGGAAAGGUGCUUUGCCAUCCUUCCAGUCAAUUUAAAUUUAUGAUGAUACAUUUGUAAUGCUAAUUGCCAGACAACCUCCAGAAUCUGGUACAAGGGACAGAAACCCAGGUAGUGUUCUUUUUAUGCCUGAAUAUGUUCAUUUCCUAUUGUGUGGGUGAAAGAAAUUAAUAUGGAAUUAGUGUUGUGGAAGACUGUUUUGAGUAUGGAAUUUUAUACUUACUUGUAUGAGGAGCAUUACCAAAUGUCUUGCUAACCUGUAAAAUUUCUGUACAAAUAAUUACUUUUCUUGCCUUUCCUUCAAAAACAAUCAUACAAUUUUCUGUGUAUGGCAGCCCUGCUUGUACCCUUCAUUCAUUGAUCUUAUCUUGUGCUGGGGCAUGUUGGAGCCAGGCAUUUAUCAGUGGACUCCUGCUUCUUGAGCAUUUAAUCAGAUUCGUCUUCC